AUGCAGAUAGUUCCUCUAGGCCUUGGAGUAUUCCUCGCAGCCAUGGACCAGACCGUCGUCGCUUCGUCAUACGCGUCAAUCGGUAGUGAGCUCAAGCAACUACAGAGCACAAGUUGGGUUGCGACGGGUUAUAUGCUUACGCUCACGUCCUUUCAGCCGCUUUAUGGAAAGUUGAGUGAUAUCUUCGGCCGGAAGCAAUGCCUUCUCUUCGCCUUCUCCGUCUUCGGCGUUGGAUGUUUGUUUUGUGGAUUGGCGAGGAAUAUGAAAGAGUUGAUCGGAGCACGCGCCAUACAAGGUCUUGGAGGUGCUGGGAUAUCGACUGUUAUAACGAUCCUAGUUUCGGACGUCGUCCCGCUGCGUUCAAGAGGAACAUGGCAAGGUGUACUCAACAUUAUAUUUGCGACCGGUGCAGCGGUAGGUGCUCCAUUGGGUGGUAUUCUCGCAGAUGGGAUUGGUUGGCGAUGGGCUUUCUUAUUGCAGGUGCCCAUGACUUCCCUCGCCUUCAUCAUCAUCUUUUUCGCUUUCCAUUUGCCUGGUGGUAGAGACCAUCAAACAGACCUCAUGUCAAAACUCCGACGCAUUGAUUUCUUGGGAGCAUUUACCCUAGUCUGUGGUGUACUGUCUCUACUCGUAGGUCUCGAUCGUGGCGGGAACGUUUCUUGGCGCGAACCAAUCACUGUCAUCUCCCUCUCCAUCUCUUUUGUAUUUCUGGCCUUCUUCGGCCUCACCGAGACGCGACUAGCUGCAGAACCUUUCGCUCCCGCUCGCGUACUCGCACAUUCAUCCCUCAUCGCUGCAUACCUAUGUAAUCUCUUCUGUAUAGCUGCAGCUAUUUCUGUCGUUUUCAAUGUUGCGUUAUACUUGCAAGCCGCAAGUGGAGCCAGUGCAGCUCAAGCAGGACUGGGGUUAGUCCCUUCCGUGCUUGGAGGUGUUACAGGAAGUCUCGGUUGUGGGCUUAUCAUGCAACGUACUGGGAAGUAUUAUUGGCUUACGGUUGGGAUGUAUGUUGCGCAGUUUGUUGGGACGGUUGUUCUUACGGCUGGGACUCUGUUGAAGAAGGGUUCGAUAGGGAUAGGUGUUGUUGAGGCUGGGCUUGUGGUGCAAGCUCUUGGAAAUGGAGCUGGAGUUACGACUACUCUCAUUGCUAUUAUCGCGAAUGCAGCUCCGGAGGAUCAAGCAAUCGCAACUGCUAUAUCGUAUUUAUUCCGUUCUAUGGGCUCUGUUCUCGGUAUAUCCAUCGGCAGCACACUCGUCCAAAAUACCCUUAGAAAAUACCUCCAUGAGCGGCUAAAGGGACAUGAUGUAGACGUAGACGAGAUCGCCGACCGUGCCCGCUCAUCGCUCGCUUCUCUUGCAUCUCUGCCACCCAAAAUCCAAGAUAUUGUUCGUGGAUCGUACGCUGAGGCUAUCCGCUCUGCUUUCAUAUUUUCUGUUGUCCUUGCUGCUCUUGCUUUGGUUAGUUCGUUCUUUAUUCGUGAGAAGCCACUUGUGCGGAAAUCGACGUAA